CAUGGAGUCCACAAUGCAACGUUAUGUAUCGCCCAUUAAUCCGGCUGUCUUUCCCCAUUUAGCCACAGUAUUGCUCAUCAUUGGUACAUUCUUUACAGCUUGGUUCUUUAUCUAUGUAGUAUCCAGACCUAAAAAUGCCAAGGAGAGGACACUCUUCAAAGAAUUGGCCAUCAGUUUAUGUGCAUCAGUAUUUUUGGGUUUCGGCAUAAUGUUUCUGAUGUUGGCAGUGGGUAUUUACAUAUAAAUUACACCGUAGAUGCCUCAGAGACAAAAUUAGGAUAAACAUACACACACCUAUAAAUAAUAGGAAUGGUUUUGAAGCAAUUAAAGAUGAAACGUACUGAUAAAACAAAAAAUAAACCGGCAUUAAAUAUUUAUGCUAUGUAGUAUGGGCAAAAUAUUUAAAACCAUUUUUUUGCAAUUCCAAUUUUUAUUAAAUAAAAAAUUAAUGUAAUCUAA